CUGUUCUUGGCAACCCUGCAACUUCGGCUGGGAUGUCUCUCUGACAGUCUGUGAACGGCAUCGUCAGUUCUUGGCAUUUGGUCCAAGGUACAGAGAGAGGACGGUUUCAGCUUUACCUAGCUUAGAAUAAUCUUGAAGAAAACGCUGACUCGGAACGUCUUGUUUGAGUAGGAAGCGGAGAUAAUAUUUCAGUCCUGGUUCUCGCAUUAGGUCCUUGUCGUGACCUGAAGUCUGCGAAACGCUUAGUUUCUUGCCAGCUAUCUUCCUUGUCUCGAGGAAUAUUGUAGAUGUUUUCAGGUCCUAAAGUUUUUCCUCAAGAACUGGAUAUAUACACUAGAGCGUUUUCAGCUUCCGAACCUGAAUCGGCUUUAGCUAACUUAUCCAUAUCAUAAUUUGUCUCUAGCGCUAGACUUCGCCAAUGGCGGAGGCCAUUUCCGUAGCGAUUCGUUUUAGGCCGUUAAGUGACGCAGAGAGAUCCGAUGGCACUCCGUGGUCCGUCCGAGGGAGCAAAAUCCAGCUGACCGAUAGCCGAGGGAACGUCGCUGCGGAAUAUGCUUUUGAUCAUGUCUUCGAUGGAAGCUCGACGUCGGACGAAGUCUUUCAGAGCCGCGCAUGCGAGAUUGCUAAAGCUGCUGUCGAUGGCUUCAACGGUACUAUCUUCGCGUACGGCCAAACAAGCAGCGGCAAGACCUUCACCAUGAGAGGCGUGCCUGCGUGCGAAGGCGUCAUCCCCCUCUCCGUUCGUCAGGUCUUCGACACCAUCGCACAGACGAUGAACCGGGAGUUUCUUCUCCGGGUGUCUUAUCUCGAGAUCUACAACGAGGAGAUCAACGAUCUGCUGGCUCCUGACAACCGGAGGCUUCAGAUUCAUGAGAGCCUGGAGAAAGGUGUCUACGUCGCUGGUAUCCACGAGGAGGUGGUCUGUAGCCCGGAGCAGGUGCUGCAGCUGCUCACCAUCGGCGAAGCGAACCGAUCCAUCGGAGAGACGAAGAUGAACGAGAAGAGUAGCCGCUCCCACGCCAUCUUCCGCAUGGUCAUUGAAAGCAGGGAGAUCACGCCGGAGGGGAGCGCAGAUGCUGCUACGGAUGCUGUUCUCGUCUCCAGCCUGAACCUGGUUGAUCUGGCUGGGUCUGAGAGAGUGGCCAAGACGGGCGCGGAGGGGUCCCGGCUGAAGGAGGGGGGGCACAUCAACAAGAGCCUCAUGGUGCUGGGCACGGUCAUCAACAAGCUCAGCGAAGGCGCUGACAAGAACGGGGCUCACAUCCCAUAUCGAGACAGCAAGUUGACGCGCAUUCUGCAGCCAGCGCUGGGUGGCAACACCAAGACGGCCAUCAUCUGCUGCGCCACUCCUGCCCUGAGACAUGAGGAUGAGACGCAUGGCACUCUCCGGUUCGCCCUCAGAGCGAAGCGCAUCACCAACUGCGCUCAAGUCAACGAGAUCCUCACGGACGCGGCGCUGCUCAAGAGGCAGACCAAGGAGAUCGAGGACCUCCGGCGCAAGCUGGAGGCGUCGCACUCGCCGGAGAUGGAGCAGGAGAUCAUGAAGCUGCGCAACGCCAUGCUCAAGAUGGAGUCGGAGAAGGAGGUGAUAGCGCUGCAGCUGCAGGAGGAGCGGGCGCUGCACUCGCAGAAGGAGCAGCGCAUCAAGGAGCAGGAGAGGAAGAUCGAGAACCUCAGCACGCUCGUCAUCAAGGCCGCCGCUGCCGGGGACAGGCAGAACGACCGGCGCCCAAAGAAGUUCAACCGCAGAGAGUCGUGGUGCCCCACUGCACGAGUGGAGAGCAGCCCAGCUGGAAACAAGGAGAACCAGCCUGGAGGGCUAAAGCGCCUGGCUUUCAUACGGCGAGCCACAGCUUUCAGAGAGGACGAUGAGGAGGAGGAGGACGACGAGAAGGAUGAGAAGCAGGAGGAGGUUCAGGAGGUCAAGGGGAACGCGAAGAGGAGGAUCAGCAGUGUGCAGAAGCUGGCUGCUAUGUGGGAGACGAGUGGACCCAAGGAGGUUAAAGUAGCAGAGGAGACUGGAGAGUGCCAGGACGGCCAGUCGGUUGGAGGUGCAGGAGGGUUCGGGUCUGGAGUGUCGCAGGAUGAGAAUGCUCGUGAUGGGUCCAAGAGGAGGCGCACUGCACCGUGCGGUGACGAGAAGGAGAACUCGUUGGAGGAGACUUUGCCUGGUGCAAAGAAGCCUCUCCGUGGUGUGACCAUCAGCAGCUCCCUGUCUGCUCAAUGGAGUGACGGGCUAGCAAAGCAGUUAUCAGAGAAGGACGCGCUUAUAGCGCAGCUGCAAGCACAAGUGGCCACCAUGCAGGUCAAGGAGGGCGGAGGAGGAGGCGCCGGGGGCAGUGCGGAUGAAAGAGCAGCGGGGAUGGGGCAAGCUGUAGGGACGGGGGAAGAGGCCCGGGAGGGUGGGGAGGAGAAGAGCGUGGAGUCACCAGCAGGAGAUUCGGGCCAGGAGCGGCGGGCUAAGAGUAUGGACAGCCCUGCUGUGAUGGUCAAAGAGCUGCAGGCUAAGGUGGAGGCUCUGGAGGUGGAGAAGGUUUCGAUGCAGAGGGAGCUAAACAACUUCACACAGCAGGCAAAGGAACACGCGGACAGCAUGCAGAAGCAACAGCAGCUUCAAGGGGAGCUUGAGCAGUGCAGGCAGCAGCUAGAGGAUGCGCAGCAACAGGCCUCAGCCGCAGCCGCAGCAGCAGCCACUAAGGCAGACGCUUCCCCCUGUGACAACUGCAAUGCAUUGAAGGAAGCUCUGGAAUCAGCCAACUGCCAGCUGUACGAAACCGAGCAGAUGCUUCAGGAAGCCACUGCAGAAGCAGCUAAGGCGAAAUCCGGCCCCCCAGGAGCAGCAGGUCAGCUGCUGCAGAAGCAGAGGGAGCUGGAGGAUGCUGUAUGGGAGGCUUCUCAGCUGAAGCGGCGGGUGGAGGAGCUUGAAGCGAAUGUGCUUGCAGUGGAGGAGGUGCUGCUUGAGGUGAGCGGCGAGAAGGACAGCAAGGAGGAGGAGUUAGGCCGGCUGAAAGCGCUGCUGGCGGAAGGAAGUGCAGGGGGGGCGACAGCCAAGGAAGAAUCAGCUGGUGGAAGUGUUGGGGAGGGUACGGAAGCUGAUGUGAGGGGUUUGGAGGAGGUGGGGAGGAUGAGGGAGGUGGUGGAGGAGAGAGAGAAGGAGCUGACGUCCCUCCAGGAAGCAGUGAGGAGGCUCCAGGCGGAUGCUGCUCAGGCUCUUGGCGUCCCUGCCCCUACACCAGCUCCCAGAGAUGCUGCUCAGGCUCUUGGCAGGGUUGUUGUGGGGGAGAUGAGGGACCUUUGCGCUGCUGUUGGGCGGGUUAUUGCGGCCUUAGAUGCUGCUAGCACUGAGAAGGAGCAGCUGGGUCUGCAGCUGAGGCAGGCGAGGGAGAGGGAGGCAGAGAGCGAGAGCAGGCUCACAGAGGCUAAGUCUGCAGCAGCAGACGGAGCCAGGCAGCUAGCCCAGUCACAGAGGAAGGAAGGAGAGGAGGUGGCAGAGGUGGUAGCCAGGCUGCAAACAGAGUUGGAGGAAGCAGGGAGAAAGGUGGAACGGGCAGUGGAGGCACGGGAUAUGGUGGAGCUGCAACUGCUGACGGCGAGGCGGGAGGCAGAGGGGAGGGUAGCAGAGAGCAGGAGGCAAUUGGCUGAGGUGGAGGAGAAGCGGAGGGUGCUGGAGAGCCAGAUUGAGUGGGAGCGCGAGGAGAGGAGGAGGUGGGAGGAGAGAGCGGCGGCGAGUGAGGGAGAUGUGCGGAGGGCUGAGGGGGAGAAGAGGGAGGCGGAAAAGGGGUUGGAGAGAGUGAGAGGGGAGAUGGAGAAGAUGAGUGACAGGGUUGGGGAGAAGGAGAGGGAGCUGGCUUCCCUUCAGGAGGAGCUCAAGCUGGUGUUGAAAGAGAAGGAUGCAGCAAGCCAGAGGGCGGACCAAGUGGCAUCAGAGCUGGAGGCUGCAAGGGCCUCAGCAAACGAGGCUCAGCUCCAGCUGGAGGCAUGCAAGCAGCAGCACACAGAGGAGCUGGCUGAAGCACGCAAGGAGCUGCUGGGAGCAAAGAAGGAAGCGGCCUCCCUCAAGGGCAAGCCAGGCGCGGCCGAGCGGGAGCGCGACCAGCUGCGAAAGGAAGCAGAGAAGCGGAAAACCAAGAUGCUGGACAUGGAGGCGAAGCUCAAGGCGGCCCUGGCGGACAAGCUGGCCCUGCAGGUGGACAAGGCGAACCUGGAGCGCGAGGUGAAGAGCCUCAGGAGCCAGAGUAACCAGCUGGCGAAGGACCUGAGCAAGCGGGAGCAGGUGGAGGACCGGAGGAAGGAGGUGCAGGCGAAGGCUGUCCAGGCGGAUAAGAUGCUGGCGGCAAUGGCAGCAGAGAUCGAGGAGAAGAACCAGGCGAUUGCGAACCUUAAGGCAACGUUGGGAGAAGCACUGGGCGAGAGGGACGAGUUGAGGCUGCGGCUGGCAGCAGCAGGGGAGGAGAGCGAGCAGCUGCAGGCGGAGCUGGAGGCGGGGCAGGCUGAGCUGCAGGAGGUGCUGGAGGACUUCAAGACGGCCACCACGCAGAUCAAGGGGCUGCAGGAGAUCCGGCAGGAGCUGGAGGAGCAGUGUGAGGCGCUGGAACGGGGCAAGGGGGAGGCAGAGGCAGGGAGGAAGCAGGCAGAGGAGAGGGUGGGGGAGCUGGAGGCGAGGAUCCAGCAGGCAGAGGAGGAGAAGCGGCAGCUGGAGGCUGGCAUCGCUGCUGCGAGAAAAGAGCACGCUGAGCUGUCUGCGGAGCACAAGAAGACGGUGCAGGGCCUGGAGAAGGAGAAGGAGAGGGCGGCUGGUCUGGAGGGCGCGCUCAAGUCAGAGAGAGAGAAGAGCGAGCGGCUCGGGAAACAAGCGGACGAGCUGUUGAAGCUGGAGAGGAAACUAAACGCAGCAAGCGAGAGCAUUGCAAGGCUCCAGGGGCAGCUGCAGGUGCGGGAGGGGGAGGUAGAGGAUCUCAAGCAGGGGAUGAAGGAGGCGGAGGAGGAGGCACGGGCCGAGGGGGAAGCCGCUGCACUAGCUGUCAAGGGCGAACUGGCUUCUCUGCACAACAAAUACACCGCUCAAAAGGGAGUGUGGCGCAAGGCCGUUGCGGAGAAGAAGGAGCGGCUUGAUACUCUCACUGUUCGCCUGCAACACUCGGAGCAGCAGCGGAUGGAGCUGCAGCGGCUGCUGCAGUCACUGCAGGCAGAGGAGGGCAGCAAUGGGGAGGAGGAGAAGGGGGGAUGGUCGACUGCUGGGGCUCGAAAAAGCACGGGGAGCGCGAGAGGGGGUGGUGGCGAGUGGAGGGGCAAGAAGGAGGUGGUAGCAGUGCUGAUAAGCGCCCAGGACACCAACAGAAUGCUGGUGAAGGACCUGGAGCGGGUCAAGCACAAGCUGGCAGAGGCAGAGAAGCAGCGGGACGAGCUGCAGCAAGUGCUGGAUGCAAAGGAGGAGGUGUGGGAGGAGAGGGAGGAGCGCGAGAAGCAGCUGCAGCAGCUGCAGCUCGAUGUGAAGCUGUACCGCGCCAACCAGCAGGACUACCUCAGGCAGAUUGAGUCGCUUGAGAAUCAGCUGUUUGCGAAGGAGAACAAUUCAGAUGUGCCAAUGUUAAAUAAUUGUGGUAAGACAUUGCAACUGGCUCUUACCGGGGGCAAGAAUGGCGUCUCACCAUCGGCAAAACGAGCCCGCCAGCCGCUGAUGGAACUUCAGUAGAAGUUGUGCCUUGUUGCAUGUGUAAAUCGGUUAGGAACUAGGAAGCCAAUGCUACCAAGUUAGGACCUCAUGAACCACUAAACCCCUCAUACAUGAUAGGGUCGUUUGUCAAUAACAUUAGAGGUCUAUCUAUACAUACGAUUUUGU